CCGCCGGAAGCGGAAGUGGGACACUGACAGCUGCGUCACGUGAGCGCCGGGUCACGUGAGGCGCCGCCGCCGGUCCUGCAGCCGCCGCCAUGAUGUCGUGCUUCCCGGAGCUGUACUUCAAUGUGGAUAACGGUUACCUGGAGGGAUUGGUGCGAGGCUUCAAGGCCGGCGUGUUGCGGCAGGGAGACUACGUCAACCUGGUGCAGUGCGAGAGCCUCGAGGACCUGAAGCUGCACCUUCAGAGCACAGACUAUGGGAACUUCCUGGCCAACGAAGCCUCCCCUCUCACCGUCUCUGUCAUUGAUGACAAGCUGAAGGAGAAGAUGGUGGUGGAGUUCCGUCACAUGAGGAACCACGCAUAUGAGCCCCUGGCAAGCUUUCUGGACUUCAUCACGUACAGCUACAUGAUUGACAACGUCAUCCUGCUGAUCACUGGGACUCUGCACCAGCGCUCCAUCUCUGAACUGGUGCCCAAGUGCCACCCUCUGGGAAGUUUUGAGCAGAUGGAAGCCGUGAACAUUGCGCAGACACCUGCAGAGCUCUACAAUGCCAUCCUGGUGGACACUCCCCUGGCUGCUUUCUUCCAAGACUGCAUAUCUGAACAGGACCUUGAUGAAAUGAACAUUGAAAUCAUUCGAAACACGCUGUAUAAGGCAUACCUGGAGUCCUUCUACAAGUUCUGCAAGGCGCUGGGAGGUACCACAGCAGAUGCCAUGUGCCCCAUCCUGGAGUUUGAAGCUGACCGGAGGGCCUUCAUCAUCACCAUCAAUUCCUUUGGCACUGAGCUGUCCAAGGAGGACCGAGCAAAGCUGUUCCCACACUGUGGCAAGCUCUACCCCGAGGGGCUGGCUCAGUUGGCCAGAGCAGAUGACUAUGAACAAGUUAAAAAUGUCGCUGACUACUACCCUGAGUACAAGCUGCUGUUUGAAGGGGCUGGCAGCAACCCUGGAGACAAGACCCUUGAAGACAGGUUCUUUGAGCAUGAGGUGAAGCUGAACAAGCUGGCAUUCCUCAAUCAAUUCCACUUUGGAGUCUUCUACGCCUUUGUGAAGCUGAAGGAGCAGGAAUGCCGCAACAUCGUGUGGAUCGCGGAGUGCAUCGCCCAGAGGCACAGGACCAAGAUUGACAACUACAUUCCCAUCUUCUAAACCUGCUCUGCUCCUGUCCGACCCCUGGAGCUGGGAGGGACCCUUGCCUAUUUUCCAUGUGCUCCCUGAGUUACCCCUUGCCCAGACUCCAGGGGUGUUGAACUGGCUCAGGCGGAGGGACUGUACAGUUGCUAGUUAAAUUAUUCUCAAGCUGAAGUUAGGUUGUGUGUGCAGUGAGGGGCCGGUGGCACAGGCUUGGCCCUGUGCAGCGGGAGGGACGCCUCCUGUUGUGUACCCAUAGUACCCGUGUUACUGUACUCAUCUGCUGUAUGCACUUCCCCUCGCAGAGCCAGGGGCUCGCUGCCUCUCAGCAGUGCAAGGAGCACAGCAGCUCUGCCAUGGCCAGCAGUCCUCGCUGUCAGGGCUCUGAGCACGCUUCCUCCUCCGUGUUGUCCCUGUGAGGUUUAGUUUGAAUGUGACUUGUAGCGUAGCCAGUGCUGCUGUGUAAUCCUCGCAUCCCCUUGUAGCAAACCCUGUUGUGGGAGAGACCGAGCAGCCCCAGCCAGAGCUGGGACGGAGCCUGUGGGAACACCAGGGCAGAGCCAGAGCAUGUGUGCAGUGCUCAUCCAGCUCCAGCAGCGUUCACACCAGUGCUGGUGUCCUCAAAAGCUCCUCUAUCAGCUGCUGGAGCUUGGAAGGGCUCUGGAAGCCAGCUGAGUUCCUUCCUCCCUGCAGCCCCUUGUGGCUUGGAGCUCCCUGUGCUCCCCAGCUGUUGGGAUGGUGCUGUGCACUGCAUCACCCUACGGGCCAGGUCCCAGGGCAGAGUUGGAGCCCUGUUCACCCCAUUGGGUCGGGGGGAGUGUUGGUGGGGAACACAUGCCUGGUGUUCCCAGCAGCAGCAGCUCCAUCCUGGCUUUGUGCUGCGGUCACCUCUGAGUGUCUGUUCUGUGACCCUCCUCCCACCUCUGCACCAAUAAAUAUCUGCCUGCUGC